UACCCAUUUUAUGCCGUGUUAUCAGAACUUUUAGCAACUUGCUUUUGGUGAACUUCUGUUGCUUUUCCACAAGCAUCGUCUUGGAAUGCUUGGGAGAGGCCUAAGUCCGUGACAAUUAGCUGAAAAAGUAAGCUAGGGUUUGUUUCUUCAGAUUUGGCUGAGGUGUGUUCUGUGUGGAAUCCAUUAAAGCCAAACUUUCUUUUCUGCUCCUUUGUCGGUGUUCUGGUCUAGGGUUUUUUUGACCUAAAUCCUUGUUGGGAUUCAAAGAAAUGGACACUGGAAAAAGGCGGUGAGCUGAGACUUACUUGUGAAGCAAUGUCCUGUUUUUUUUAGGUUUUUGCAAACGACGUCGUUUUUCUCUGGUUUGAUCUUUUUUUUCUCUCUGCUGAGUGGUGUGAACAUGGAAGCUUCUGGAUUGCAGGCGCUCUGAUUUCUCCAUGCGUUUCCUGAAACGGUGUCGUUUUGUUGUCUCGAUCCUUCUUCGAAUGACGCCUGUGGCAGUGUGAAAAUGGCGGCUUCUGCUUCCGAAGCGCAGAACCCACUGCUAGCUCUGGCGGUGUGAAAAUGGAAGCUUCAGGACUCUGGAACCUCUGAACGGACUCAAUUACUGGUUUGAAGUUUGAAUCAGUGUAUUUUUCAAUGCAAUUUUGGGGGUUUUGAUGAUAUGGAAGAUAUAGGGUUGUUCAAACAAUGGUGGAAAUGGGUUCAGUCGAAGAGCAACAAUUACUCUGCUGUGAAAACAGCUGCAGGCGGUUUUCGGGACAAAAUUGGGAAAUUUAUGGAGCGGCAUUGGCCGAUGGUGUGCAGCGGGUGCACGAAAUUCUGGCGAUUAGUGUUAUUGGUAUUGCGGAAGUGGAAAGAUAGCACUGUUCGGGGUUUCCGAUCUAUUAUAGAACUGGGUUCGGCAGCUUUGCUUAUUAUAAUGUGGAGUUGCUUUCUUAGUUUAACUUCAAUGACUUGUCUAGUUUAUGUACUGCUUAGUAUGGGAGCUGCUGGAACUGCUAUUCAGUACUUGGGCUAUACUCCUGGGCUUUUUAUUGUAGGGCUGUUUGCUAUACUGAUUUUAUGGAUGUAUGCCAACUUUUGGAUAACUGGGACAUUGUUUGUGGUUGGAGGUUAUUUGUUCUCCCGAAAUCAUGCCCGGGUUGUGGUGCUGGUGGCAACUCUAUAUGCUAUCUAUUGUGUCAAAGUUCGAGUUGGAUGGUUUGGAGUAUUGCUCUCGAUAAACCUUUCAUUCAUCUCAAAUGAUAUAUUCAAUUACUUGCUCCCCUUGUGUGACAAUGUGAGUGAAAGCCAACACUUUGAAGAGCAAAAAGAAUCGGAAUCAGAAUCAAUUACAGAAGAUGAUAUAUCUGGAAAAUGUGACUUCUCUGUUCCUACCGAGGAAGCUGAAAAACUGCAGUCAUGUAAAUCAAGCAGCAAAGCAGCUGCUACUACGACUGUUAUUAGUAAGCUGAAAGAGUCUUCCACUAGCCAGAUUGUUAAGGAAGAUGCAAGUUCAGUGGAUGAGAUGAACAGGAUAUUAUGUAGUGUAGAUCAUUAUGAUGCGUUGGGAUUUCAACGCCACAAGAAAAUUGAUGCUGCUAGUUUAAAGAAGGAAUACCGGAAGAAGGCCAUGCUUGUGCAUCCUGAUAAAAAUAUGGGAAGUCUACAGGCAAGCGAUUCAUUUAAAAAACUUCAAUGUGCAUAUGAGGUUCUUUCUGAUUCUACAAAGAAGCGAGAUUAUGAUGAGCAGCUGAGAAAGGAAGAAUCCAAAAGUGUAUGUCAGAAGUCGCAUGGAAGUUCACAUCAGGGUAAUCCAGAUUAUUGCUCUGAAGAAUCAAGGCGUAUACAAUGCACGAAGUGUGGCAAUUCACAUAUAUGGGUGUGCACCAAUAGGACGAAGGCCAAGGCAAGAUGGUGUCAGGAUUGCUGUCAAUAUCAUCCAGCCAGGGAUGGAGACGGAUGGGUUGAAUAUAGAGGCUCAUUAGUCUUUGAUAGGCCUCAAAAGGUAGAAAUACCUCGUGCUUUUGUUUGUGCUGAGAGCAAGAUCUUUGAUGUGUCAGAAUGGGCUAUUUGUCAGGGAAUGGCAUGCAGACCCAACACCCAUCGUCCGAGCUUCCAUGUCAACAUGGUUGGUUUGGAGAAGACACAGAGAUCCAAGUCAAGUAGAUUCCCAUGGGACUUGGGUGCUGAAAUGAUGGAUGAAGAUGAUGAAUUCGAGCUGUGGUUUCAGCAGGCUCUGGCGUCAGGGCUCUUCUGUGAGCCCUCCAAACGUAGAAAGAGCUGGAGUCCAUUCAAGAUGCAUCAGAAGAAAGGGAAACAGCAAUGGCGAAGAUGGUCCUGAAUGACCCAAGUAAAGGUGGUCACAAGAAAACUUACUGUCCACCUGAAAUGGAAGAUGAAAAGGUUGCCCAUACCAUUAUCAUCAAUGCCCGAUUGAUGAAGCAAGAAGAGGCUGGAUUUGAUCAUAAAGGAGAGGGACAACUACCAACCGUUCUCACCUGCUCCUUGUGCCUGUAAAUAGAUUCAGGUAUUUUAAGGGAGCCCUUUCAUCUUGAAAGUAUCAUUUUUGUUGUGGUACCUUCUGGAGAAUGUUGGUGUUGGAAUUAUUAGAGAAAAACCAUAAAGAUCCCAACCAAACCGGGUGAAUGCCUCCUCUUUGUACAUUGUUGAUACAGCUGAAACUCCUGUCUUACAUUACUAUGCAGUUGUAAUAAGACCAAAAAAAAGAAGAAAAAAAUCUGGGCAACAUGUUAGCGAUUCUUAUAAUUUACCCCAUUUUCUAGCCAA